AUGGAAGUUGCAAAGGUUAACUGGAAUUCUUGGAUGCCCAGCGAAGAUGCGCUGAUGAACCUCGUUGAUGACAAAGUAGUUUCACAGAGCCUCAAGACAUUGACUAGAAUCUGCUACGUUCGGCUGUGCAAGCAUGAGGAUUAUGACGAGGUGAUCCGCUGCUGCGCGGUACUCUUAAAUAUGGAGGCUUUAAAGUGGUGUGAUAUGGGUUUAAUAAUGGGCGCUCCGAUUUCCGGCAACGUGCUCGCGUACCUUGCCAGUGCGGUGCAUCAUCGAUUGAUCGACAAAGCUGAGAAUUUUUAUGAAUCUUCGACCACGUCUGUCGCGGACAUAGACGAUUCCUCGGCAGGUCUUCCCAACCCUGCCUCUUUGAACCUGAACGUUUGCGAAGAUGUGAAGCGACUGCCUGUUCAGCGAAUUAGCUGCCCAAGCGUUAUGCAGUUCAGGGAACACUAUCUGACUACUCGAACCCCGGUGAUCAUCACCGAUGCGAUGUGCACAUGGCCCGCUUUGAAGAAAUGGAGCAUACCCUAUCUUCUCUCGAAGAUGGCCUACCGGACUGUACCCAUUGAAAUCGGCUCAAAGUACAGUGACGACGACUGGUCUCAGAAGUUGUUGCCGUUCCACCAGUUCAUCGCUGACUACAUAACCAAGCACGGCAACGUCGGCUACUUGGCUCAGCACGAAUUGUUCGAGCAGAUCGUUGACCUUGCUGAAGAUAUCAAUAUACCAGACUACUGUUGUCUUCUGAGUUCUCCGGACGAUGUUGACAUCAAUGCAUGGUUUGGUCCAAGUGGAACAGUUUCUCCCUUGCAUACUGAUCCGAGGGACAACAUCUUUGCUCAGGUGAUGGGCAGUAAAUACGUAUCGAUGUGUUCCCCUCUUGAAACGUCCAAAGUGUACCCAUAUGACAGUCCACUUUUGUUCAAUACCUGCCAGGUAGACGUUGAACAUCCGGACUUUGAAAAGUUUCCAAAAUUUCGUGACAUCACCCUCUACAACUGUGUGCUGCGCCCUGGCGAACUGCUGUAUAUUCCUUUCAAGUGGUGGCAUUAUCUUCGAAGUUUGGAAACAAGCUUUUCUAUCAGCUUCUGGUUCGGAGAGUAA